AUGGUAGUUAAGGAUGUUGAGUUCCGUGUCGUCGGCAUAAUUGAAAUCAAAUCAUUGAUGUUUAAUUUGGGUCCCAACGACGGAACAGCGAGGCGCGAGUCACUGUCAGUAAUGACCGACCAUCGUUUCGCGUCAUCUCCUCGCGCCGUCAGCAGUGUGGAGCGGCGCGAUGCGCGCGACAUGCUGCUGCCCGACCAGACGUAUGAGGGCGCCGCGGCGCUCGCGUCGCGGAAGGUGUCUGCCGGGCCUACGAACGGCAGCGGCCGUGCCGGCGCAGAGCUGCUGGCGGCGCUACUACGCGCGCACCGCGUUAAGCCGGAUUUCUUUUGCGCUUACCGCGCGAGCUCGCCACCGACGCGUUCUGCAGACUCACCGCAUUGGCCGUCGGUGACAGGGGGUAGCGGUGGUGCAGCGGGUGCGCGCUUCGCCAGCCGCCACCGCCAGACGCGCGUGGUGCUACAUCCCCUUGAAUCUUAUAAGGAUCGUGGAGCAGCAACGAGGUCGGCUCGUGGAGCGAACGGCGCGCGCGCAGCUUUCGGCGUGAGCUUACAAACAAAUAAACCAGUUUCGCACCCGCGCCCCUCGCCCUCGCCCGCAGCCGCCGCUCACCUGCAUCACCUAAACUUUUGGCCUACUCUGCAACGAAAACUGAUACCAUUCCCUUAUAACUCGUUGGAGGAAGUGGCGUGCAAGUUAUAUUCCUCGACUAGUCGCUUGGGCAGAUGCGGAGGGUCGGGGGCUGCGCGGGGCGAAGCGGCGCGGGCGGCGGCACGGCGGCAGUACUCGGUCGGCGUAGCGCGCGAUCGGUCGCCGCGAGUGAGCGGCGCCGCCGCAGAGUGUGAUGCUUGCGUGCCGCCCGCCAUGGCCACGCUCGGCCUCUCCAAGGUGUUCAUCCUCGACAAAUACUUCACCGAGCUGCAGAAGUUUUGGGAGACGGAGAAGAAGUUGCAAGACGCAUCGUCGUCGAACGAGGCGGUGCAUCUGCAGCGGCGGCUGCUGAGCCUCAGCUCGGAGCUGGUGACGCUCCGAAACCACCUACACGUAGGAGCGAGCGGGGGCCGCGGGCAAGCCGGGCACGCCGCAGCCGGCGGUGCCGCCGCGAGCGCCGCAGCCGCCGCCGCAGCAACCCGCACCGCCACACCCCGCCCCGCCCCUGUUGCCGCACCCCGCGCCGCCGCCAUCCGCAGCGCCUCCGCCGCCACCCGCGCGGCGAGCGGCGCGGCGGCGGGCGCGACGGCCGGCGCCGCCGCGGACGUGGAGGACCUCAUUCACUUGCGCGGUCCGCUCACCGAGGACGCCGUGGUGCGCGCGCUGCAGGCGCGCUUCUACCAGCACAAGUUUUAUACUUGGAUCGGACCGAUCCUACUGGCGGUUAACGGGUACACCGACGCGGGCAACUCGCUGACGCUAACAGCGGCACGCGCCCAGCGGCCGGAACUGGCGCGGCUUGUGCACACCGCCGUGCGGCACCAGGCCGACACCGGUUACCCGCAGGCCAUCAUCCUCUCGGGCGUGUCGGGCUCGGGCAAGACGUACGCGUCGAUGGUACUGCUACGGCGGUUGUUCGACGUGGCGGGCGGUGGGCCCGAGACCGACGCGUUCAAACACCUCGCCGCCGCUUUCACCGUUCUGCGCUCGCUCGGCACCGCCUCCACACCAGCCAACACGCACUCCAGCCGCAUCGGACACUUCAUCGAGGUGCAGGUGACGGACGGCGCGCUGUACCGCACAAAGAUCCACUGUUACUUCCUGGACCAGACGCGCGUGGUGCGCCCGCCGCCCGGCGAGCGCAACUACCACAUCUUCUACCAGCUGCUGGCCGGACUCACCUCCGAGGAGCGCGCGCAGCUCCACCUCGACGGAUAUUCGCCGCAAGACCUCAGGUACUUGGCGUCACCGCAUCACCGGCGGCCCGAUCCCGAGGACGCGGCGCGGUUCCACGCGUGGAAGACCUGCCUCGGCAUCCUCGGCAUCCCGUUCCUGGACGUGGUGCGCGUGCUGGGCGCCGUGCUGCUGCUGGGCAACGUGCAGUUCGCGGAGAGCGCGGAGGGAGCGGCCGAGCCGACGGGCGAGGAGCGCCCCCCGCCGCUGCCGCCGCCGCGCGCGUACACGGUGUCGGGCGGCGUGAAGCUGGGCUACCCGCAGCAGCGCGCCGUGGCCGCCGAGUGGGCCGAGGAGGCGCCCAAGGGCGGCGCCAAGCCGCUGCGGCUGCGCCCCGGCGACACCGUGCUGGCCGUCGGCGCCGCGCGGCGCGGCCACGUCGCCGUGCAGGUGGGCAGCCGCACGGUGUCCGUGCCCCACCGCGUGCUGGCGCCGCCGCGCGCGCCCCCGCCGCGCGUGCACCCCCCGCCGCCCGCACCGCCGCAGCCCGCGCCCGCCGUCGCCUGACACCGGCGGCCGUCGCAUCACUAAAUGAAGCCGCAGUUCUCGCGCUCUUGGGCGAUUGUAGUUUUAGUAAAAACCUCGUCAGAGAACUGAUCGUGCAUUACGUAUGUCUAAUGGUGCCUUAUUAUUACGUCUAGGUUGUACAGAGUAAAAUAAAUAUUUAUGCUAGGAGCGGGCGCGCUCGUAUGUUAAGCUAUUGACAUUGGAACGAGACGGCCACAUGAUUUGUUACGCUAAAAGUACGUAAUAAAUUGGUUUGAAUCAGUGGAAACGUUUUCCAUCAAGUUAUUUAUGUAUUUAGCCAGUGUCGGAUUAAUUACUUCGAUGCCCUAAGCAUUUUAAAACUUGUAACGUGUUUUGCACUCUUCUCCACCCUGGGAACCUGUUUCUGUAAGAUUGAUAAGGCGAAUGCUGCGAGACACGAUGAUUGUAGCAAUUAUAAAUAAACCUAAAGGCUGGACCUGUAAUGGACCGAAAAUAUAAGAUGAAACCCUCUUGUGAUCAUAAAGAAGCACUGAUCCCUGAUGUCGCUUAUGGCAAAAGAAAAUUGUGCCAGUCCACAGAUCACAAUAUCCGCGAGCGAAGCGUUUCUAUUUUUUUAUUAACUUUAUUUAUACGUUUAUUUAACUGCAUCGAAUUGGAGGUCGAAUGGAAAGUAAGUAGAAAAGUCACCUUAACGCAAAUUUGAACCUUUUGUGAACAACGUUCAAGUUUGUUAGGAGCACGAUGGUUGGAGGACCCUAGCUACUAGACCCACAUUUCACUGGCGUUCAAGGAAGGAAGUAUUCAUAAAAUAAUAUUACUUUGAAAUACAGUAUCUUAUUGUUUCGUAAUUUAAAAGUUAUUCGCGAGGCGGCAUCGAGGCUCCUCAUUACAGUAGCGUUUGGUGCCUCCGAGAUGUCCUAAAUGGUUGCUUGUAAGUUAAUCUGGCACUGCAUGGCAUCAUGUGUCGGUUUCGAACUGUUCCACAAAAAUAAUGUCAAAGAUGUAGCAUUUGACUGUCAGUAUUAUAACGAGGAGGAGGUGGAGCGUUAUUUAGCAUAGUGCUACCUUAUAUUCAUAGCAAUAGAGUCGCCGAACAUCGGUGUUCGUAUAUACCGUAUAGUCGUACGCAUGUUGCGUGUUGCCGAGAAGAGAUCGAAAUACUUUUAAAUUAACUGAUAGUGAAACAUGUACAGACGACACGUACCUUUUCAGGGUCACGUAGUCAAAUUUUAGGAAUUUUAGUUUCGUCCUGUCCGUCUAUCAGAGUGCCGUUCCAUUUUACUCGCUCGUUUAUAGACCUAUUUUUAUGAAGUUUCAUGGAGAAGUACUGAUAAAAAGUAAACAUUUAAAAAGUUUUUGUUGUACACCAGCAACAAAAAAAGGACACUGUACAUUCUGACAUUUUUCGUAAACAGCAAAUUUGAAUAGCAUACAAGUUAUAUCGUGAAGUGCAGCCCACUACGCCUUUACAAAACCAGAACAAGCCGUAUGUGGAGCUAAAAGUGUUUCGUCCAGCGACGACAGUAGUGGCUGCAUAGAGACGAGUGUAUA